ACCGUGCACACACCAAAUAAUUUCCGAAUCCAUUCCAAUUACAUAAUUUCGUCGAUCAUCACAGAGAACAGUCGAUUCCACCGAUCACAGCGGCGUAAAUCCCCCGCCCCCAGUGGAUUAAACCAAGUGUCGCGCCAGUUCCAUAAUUAAUCCGAUCGAUUAAUUGCGCGCAACCUCAACCAUUUUUCUCCGCCGAGAGAAAAAUCGCGCAGUCAGCGGUUUUUUUUUUCAUUUCGUCUCAAGUUCUGUGAAAACCAUCAAAAUUACUCCGAAACGGUGUAAGAUGCUGGCCGCUUCGAUCCGCCGGGAGGUGCACUUGGGUAAUAUGCUGUCCGCAAGGAUGCAGUCGCGUGUGCCUCGGUGUCUAUUCGGCCCGCCAAAUCCCAAAGACACGGUGGAAUUGCUUCAAGAGGCUUUGGACAUGGAGAGAAGUAAAUUUAUCAGCCGAUGGGGAGUCGACCCACGUGACGAGGAUAAGGAGAAUUUUCAGAUUGUAAAGUGCGAGGGAAGAUCGCCGAGGAAAAGUAGGAGUGCGCCUUACAACAGGCAAACAAGCAUUCACGACUACUGGAGAGCAAGGAAAAUGUGCGAUGUCAACCCGAAGAAGUCUUUAGUGUCAGCAUCGGACAUGUCGAAAAAACCGCAAGACCUUCAGAAGCCUCAGAAUUGAGACAUGCAAUAGGAGAGAUACAUUAUUGAUCAAGACGAAAGUCAUGGAUGCUAUUAGGUUCUCUUGAAUCUAACUCAUCGCAGUGAUUAACGAUUUUCGGCUAUUUAUUACGGAUGAAGCGAACUGUAUAUUUAUUUUCCUCCCAUUCAACGAAUCAUUGUAUCAAGCUAGAUGUAUUAAUUUUAGACGCUAUGUAUGCUUGUCUUUAGCUUUUUUGUACAUAACUUUUUUCGAAUGAUUAGUGGAGGUUUGGGUGGACUAUCGUGAGACUUUUAUCAUCGAACUGAUCAAAUGGAGUGUUUCGAUCUUCACGAGAUGUGGAAGCCUCUUGUUCGGAUCGGAAUGAGUAUUAAGUGAUUAGAUUAGAUGUACUAUUGUUCGAUUACUGAUUGAUUUAUUUGUUAUACGAUAAUGGGGUGGGAUCCCUUCAUGAUUUCGUCUCACGAAAGGUUCAUCGGAAGCCUGAAACGGUUGAUUCUUCAUUGAAGUCAACGAUGCAGCGCCUCCAAAGACUAAUUAACUGAUUGAUCAAUAUCAAUAAUGAAUUAUGAAGGUCCACAUAAACCUUGUUCCUUUUUAUUGGGUUAAUGUGAGUACUAUGUAUAGCUGACUCUAGGAUUAUAUCAAUUCUAGUCAAUUGUGUUUAAGGCUUAAUCGAUAUAAUAAAAUACUGAGGAGAUUUCUUUGAA